AGCUAUAGGCACGACAUCUGGCGUCCUCUCUGGUGCGCUAUACAAUGCGUUCUCCACCAUGUCAACUCCCCUCCCUUUCCACUUGUGAAUGUUCUUUUCUUUGCUGCCUUCGCUGCCUCUAAGCCGAGAGAACAUCAUGUACACUUAUAUGCUUACUUCACUGCCUCCAACCCCAGCGAACAGGGAAAGGAGCACAUCCAAAUCGCGUCUGCUGCUGUGUUGGCAUCUGGCAUCGAUUCGCUUCGGCCACAUCACGUGGGAGACGGGCAGCGGACCUCAGCAACUUUAGAACAUGUUCAUAUGACGAAGCUUAACUCACAGAACGUCAUGUUCAUGGAUAUCAAUUUCACCCUGGUUGUCACUUUUUGAAAGCUUUCAAAAAUUGUGUGGAAACAUCGUUUCCACAUAAAUGAUCUUCUCGGCCAAGGUUUUUUCUUCUUCUUUUUGGUUCCUUCUGUUGUCAUGGACGGGGGUACCAGGUGACUUUAACUCAACAAAUGACGAUGGACAACUAGCUGAGUGACACACCGUUACAGAAGAUGAUGUCCUACCAAGAAACGACACGGAAAGGACAACAAAUCAGUUGUUAAAAACAUGUGUCCAUAAAGUUGAAUGAACAGCACCAGUCCAUCCAUUCCUUUUGAGUCCUCUUUACUUCAGAAAAGGUACCAAGGGGGAUGAUGAUGAGGAAGGUUAGGGUGCUGAGGAAGAUCUUUCACGUCCAAAGAGACGUGAUGUUCACCAUGGUGUUGCUGCUGUUCUUCUGCCUGCUCCUCUACACUCAACAGGUUCUGCUCCAGUCGGGCUGGGACAGAACCGUGUGGCGUCUGGAGAUCGAGGGCUCCACCAGCUCCAGCCGGGUUCUGCUGGGAGCGGUGAGGACCAGAACCGGCUCCGGGUCUCAAGUAGCUCAUGCAGGCCCGGAGGUCCCCGCCUGCAAGACCCAGCCCGACGCCAGAGCCCGGCAGCCUGACCCCAAGCGGAAGGUCAAACCCAGUCAGGCGCCACUCGCCAAAACUAAGAGGAAACGCAAAGGGCUGCGGGGGAGAGUCACUCCGACAAAUAACUCGGGUGACGUAAAGCCGACGAUGCCGCCGUUUGACUUUGAGGCUUACCUGAGGGAGAAGGACAACCGAGACUUCGGGCUGCGCAUCGAUCAGCCUCAGAAAUGCAUGAUGGGAGAGGGAGAGCCCGACGGACCCUACAUGCUCAUUGCAGUCAAAUCUGUCGCCGCAGACUUUGACAAGCGCCAGGUGGUGCGUCAGACGUGGGGUCGGGAGAGGCCGUCCCAGCACGGCGUCACCCUCCGUACGGUGUUCCUCCUGGGGGUACCCCGGAACCAGAGCGCCCUGCCCCUGUGGGACCGCCUGCUGCUCUACGAGAGCGACGCCUACAAGGACAUCCUGCUCUGGGACUUUGAGGACUCCUUCUUCAACCUGACGCUGAAGGAAACUCAUUUCCUCCAGUGGGUCAAUAGCAGCUGCCCACAUGUCAGGUUCAUCUUCAAGGGCGACGCGGACGUCUUCGUGAAUAUCGAGAACAUCCUGGAGAUGUUGCAGGACAAAAACGCCAGCGAGGAUCUGUUUAUCGGUGACAUCAUCGUCCACGCCAAGCCGAUCCGCAAGCGCACCUCCAAGUACUACGUGCCAGAGUUUAUGUACGGCGGCGGCUUGUACCCGUCCUACGCCGGAGGGGGCGGGUUCGUCAUGUCGGGCCACACGGCCCGCAGACUCAGCGCUGCGUGUCAACAGGUGGAGUUGUUCCCCAUCGACGACGUCUUCUUAGGGAUGUGUCUCCAGCGCAUCUCCGUCAAGCCCUACCCCCACAAGGGGUUCCGGACGUUUGGCAUCCCCCGGCCGUCCGCCGCGCCCCACCUCCAGACCUUUGACCCCUGCUUCUACAGGGACCUCAUGGUGGUCCACAGCCUCACGCCUCCCCAGAUCUGGCUCAUGUGGAACCUCCUCCACGACCCCCACCUCCGCUGCCACGCCGGGGGGACUCCCUCGACGGGAACCUUCCGGUGGAGCGAUGGUGGAGCUGUGGGAAGGGCUGGAGGAAGAGCUGGAGGAAGGGUGGCAACAGUAGACCCAAAGGAGGGAGAGGAAUUACAGACUACAGACUAUGGAUUGGAGGAUGUGUUUGUGAAGCAUUAGUCUGUUUUGGGGGGGGGGGGGGGGUCUGAGUGGGAGCUAGGUCGACAUCUUUAAAGCAGGCCUUUAAACUGCUUUAAGUUACGAGUCAGGUGAAUGUUUUUCCUUUUUGAAACUGACAAGAGACAUGGUUAUUUGGGUUUAUUUAGGCUAGUCUUAAUGGGGACAAGCACACUGAUUUAAGAAUGUGAAAACAAACUCUGCAGGUUAUGAGUGCAAUUAUAUUUUCUGUCUUGUGUUAUUGUUUGAAAUGACAAUGCAGCCAUGUGAGGAAAGCAAUGAACAAAUAAUUAUAACAUGUUGAGCAAAGUUUAAGUGUUUCCUACCCACCGCAGAACAGAGACGAUAGACUGCAUGGACCCUACAUCCCUGAAGUGGGUUCCUGUUGUACUUGCACAUAAAAGUUAUGAGUUCUGUCUCGAAAGACACAUUCCUCAUCUCUGCAUCUGAGCUGUCUGUCUGCACAUGGACUCUUCUCUUUAUUGGAUUUCUUAAAUGAGGACCAGGAGUACCCUGGGGAGAAAGUGCUUUGAUUUUGAUUCAAAUCCAAACUUAUUUCCUCCUUCAAGAAGGGCUUCCUGUUCUCUCACACAAAUCGUGCCAUAAAAGGAUUUUUAUUGUCCUCCGUCUUCAUCUGUGCUCACUUUGUUGAGAGGCCCAGAUGAGUUAUCAUGGGGAUGGACUGGGUGUUAUCAUGCAUCGUUUGUUAUGCAUUAUUAAUACUGGGCAAACAUUGCACAUGAACUUGUUGUACGAAAUAGCAGACCGUCUCUGCAGCAGUUCAGGAUGAAACAAAGGGUACAGUCCUAAUGUAAUUGUCCAAUUUGUAAUCGGUACCUGUAGAAUUUGAUGUGUUUAUCCCAGCCCUGUGUAGUGUCGUUCAUAUGGAUCCAUCAACGGGAAAUAAUAACAACACCUUGCACUUUUUCACAUCCAUUUAUUAACUUUUAUUAUUCCGGUUGUACAGAUAGAAACUGAAUUUAGAUGUUACAAACAUAAUGCAUAAUGAGCUGUUGAUCCAAGAAAGUCAAAAUGCCACACUCCUAACAGAGGAACUGAACUGUAAUGAUAGCGUUUCCCGGAAGCAUUCAAGCUAAGCAAAGUAACAGUGGCGCUAAACUUGGUUGGCCCUUAAUGGUAUGUUUGUUGUCUUUUUCUCUGAUUAAUCAGAUUAGCCUCAUACAUCUUAUAGUGAAUGUAAAAAUACUACAUUGCAUUGAUCCACAAAUCAGCCCCCGGCCCAUUUCCAGGGAUGGUAUAUAAUGUUCUGAAAUUCACCAAAGAAAAUAUUUUGAGGGAAACAAGGGCGAUAUACAUAUAUGUAUAAUAUAGAAUACAAAAUACAAAGACAAUACAUAGUUCUAUACUAAGAUUAUCGUUUACACAGAACAUUAAUUGUUCAUAUGAAAUAACGAUGAUUAUCAAUCGUUCAUCCAUUAAGUAUCUCCAGUGGGAAAAGAGAAAGUGGCCUCAAAGACCUCAAGAUAUGGAUUUAGGUUUUCAGUCAAGUGUUCCUUUAGCUUUCAAAACGAAAUAGGAUGGAAGGUCUGCUAUGUUCACCUGAGAAUACACUGUCCACUUGUACUUGUGGUGUACUUGGAUAUGUUCAGUUUCUUCCCACAGCACAAAUCUACACAGGGCUGGUCUUCAACAAAUAGAAAACAGACAUGAUAAGAAUCGGUCCAGUGAGAAAAUAAACACAUCUUUUGAACCAAUUCAGUCCCAUUUUUCUCUUACUCGUGAUGAAUGAAUCCAAAAGCAUCAUUGAACUUAAAUGUACCAUCAACAAGGCCAAGAUGACCUCCCAGAUAAACUAGUUAAUCGACAUUAUUGUCCAAGCUUAACAAGCAUUACAUAGUUUACAUACAUUAUACAAUGACUUAGCCAU